AUCCUCAAGACCUAAAACUGACUCCAGGAAGAAUCCUAACUAAAUCCUAUAGAAUUAACAACCAUAAUUGCUCUCAGCCACCAGUAACAAGUCAAAUUCAUAUUUUACCAGGCAGGAGUCAUCUAUAAGAAGUCUGGAGUUGAAAAGUAUGAAAAAUGGAGAGAAUAUCGAAUCGAGCGCUCGCGUAUUUCUUCCACGGGCAGCUUGUCGUCGAAAAGCCGCUGGCAGCGGGUCUAACAAUAAGUUAGGUUCGUGAUGCCCGCCAUGUUACCGUGUACAAAUGAAUCCAAGAGUCUUGGAAGGGAGGACGCGUGUGCGCAGUGAAAACCCGCUCGCGAAGUGGCGUUCGGAAUUAGAGUGCAUGCCGCGGUGUUCGUUCCGAAAAGCACGUUUAUCAAACAUCUGUUCCAGGUAACGAGCUCCGUGUAAUUACAAUUUUAGAUACGAGAUACAUCCGUCUCCUCCCAUACUGCUCUAUUUCCAGCAGGACCUAUCAAACGGAAAAUUCAUUAACGAGCUCGUCGUCUGUCCCCACCCCCCUGUCGGAAACGUUAUUUUCACCCAAGGACGUCCCUUCCUUCCCGCUGAACGAAUCUGCCUAUUCACUAGUCUAAAGAAGACCUGAAAGAAGAAGAGUCCCUGCGGCGUUUCUUCCCACGAAACAAAAGCGUCGCGAAGCAAGACGUCCACCGUGAAUUUGACAGGCCAGAAGCCCCAUUCGGUUCAGUGUCAGCUUGAAGAAUGACCGCAAAAUGCUGAUUAAGUGUCUCCCGCUGAUCCUCAUCUCCUGCGUUCUGGGAUUCCCUAAGAAAAUUCAUAUAGGAGGCCUGUUCGAUGAUGGCGAGGAGAUGCAGAGGGCCUUCGAAACGUCCGCGCAAACGGUGAACAAAGAGCGCCACGAGAACGAGGAGUUCUCCAACGUGUAUCUCGUGGCCAAGUCUAACCAGGUUUCGACGGACUCGUUUGAAGUGUCGUCGAAAGUUUGCGAGCUGAUGGAACACGGGGUGGCCGCGAUUUUCGGUCCCACGAAUAAGGUCACCUCGAACCACGUACAGAGUAUAUGCGACACCAUGGAAAUGCCACACAUUUAUGCCAGGUGGGAGCCCUCGCAAGCUCGCGGUAAAGGGAUAAACUUGUAUCCUCACGCUGAAACCCUCUCGGUGAUCUUCGACUUAAUGAUUACCGAUUUCGAGUGGAAAGAGUUCGGAAUAUUAUACGAAAACACCGACAGUUUAAUUCGCCUCUAUCGUUUACUGGAGCGCUUGGAUGCUCACGAUCACCUGAUCUUUCCGUAUCAUCUAGGACCUGGGCCUAGUUACAGAAAGGUGAUGCGCGAGAUGAAGGACAACGAGGUCGAGAACAUUGUUAUCGAUUGCUCCAUCGAGAUUCUCGCAGAGGUGUUGAAGCAAGCUCAGCAAGUCGGUAUUAUGUCGGAGAAGAACAAAGUUAUAAUAACCAACCUGGAUGCCCAGACGUUGGAUCUGGAACCGUACCAAUUCUCUGGCGUGAAUUUCACUGGAGUGCGGCUGAUAGAUCCUGAAAGCGAGCUCGUAAACAGAACAGUGGAAAUGCACAAGAACGAAUGGGGUUUGGACGAUCCAUCUCAGCUGCGCGUCGAGCCCGCUCUCAUGUACGACGCCGUGCAACUUUUCGCCAGGGCCUUCAAACGUCUAAAGGACGCCAUCAAGGGUGACGUGAAACAAUUAUCCUGCAACGGCAGUUUGAGUUGGGAGCACGGCUACAGUUUGAGCAACUUCAUGCGGCUCAGCGAAAUGGAAGGUUUGACCGGUAUGAUUAAAUUCGACACGGCUGGCUUCCGCAGCGAUUUCCAGCUGGACGUGUUGCGUUUGGGAGAGAACGGUUUGAAGAAGAUUGGAACGUGGAACAGCACGAACUCUGUCAAAUGGCAACCGGAAAGCAAUCCCCCCAAAUCAGAGAUGGAGUUCAGUUUGCAGAAUAAAACGUUCAUCAUCCUCAUAUCUAUCACUCAUCCUUACGGUAUGCUAAAGGAGUCCGCCGAUAUGAUGACCGGUAACGACCGCUACGAGGGAUUCGGCAUCGAUAUUAUCCAAGAGCUGAGCAAAAUGCUCGGUUUCAAUUAUACGUUCGAAGUGCAAGCGGACAGUGUUUACGGUUCCUUUUCACAAAAGACAAAGAAAUGGACGGGAAUGCUGGGGAAAAUCAUUGAAGGUACGGCUGAUCUAGCUAUUACCGAUCUAACCAUAACGUCGGAACGGGAAGCAGCGGUAGACUUUACGAUGCCUUUUAUGAAUUUAGGAAUAUCCAUCCUAUAUCAAAAACCAACAAAGACGCCACCCAGUUUGUUCUCCUUCCUGUCGCCAUUUUCGUCUGGUGUCUGGUUGUACUUGAUGCUAGCUUACAUAUCCGUGUCCCUGGUACUAUUCGUGAUUGGCAGGUUAUGUCCUGCCGAAUGGAACAACCCCUAUCCAUGCAUAGAAGAGCCAGAGGAACUGGAGAAUCAGUUCACUUUUAAAAACUCCCUCUGGUUCACGAUCGGUGCUAUUAUGCAGCAGGGCUCCGAGCUCGCGCCUAUAGGCCUAUCGACGCGAAUGAUGGCUACUUCCUGGUGGUUCUUCUGCCUAAUCAUGGUGUCGUCUUAUACAGCCAACUUGGCGGCGUUUUUGACCGUCGAAACGGUAGUGAAGCCAUUCUCAAACGUUGAAGAAUUAGCCCAGCAAAAAACAAUCAAAUACGGCGCUAAAAAGCAAGGAUCCACCUUGAAAUUCUUCGAAGAUUCCAACUACUCGACGUACAAGGAGAUGUACAACACCAUGAUGGCCAACGCGGACGAAGUUCUGACGUCCGACAACGAGUCUGGUCAGAAGAAGGUGCUGACGUCUAACUACGCGUUCCUGAUGGAGUCCAGCUCUAUAGAAUACUUCACGGAAAGACAGUGCAACGUGACGCAGAUAGGUGGACUCCUCGAUGCCAAGGGUUAUGGGAUCGCCAUGAAGAAACACUCUCCUUAUCGUCACCCCCUGAACUCUGCCGUGUUGAAGCUUCAGCAAAGUGGCCUAAUUACGGAACUGAAGACUAAGUGGUGGACGCAGAAACGCGGGGGAGGAAAGUGUCAGGAGGACGGUGGUGGGGGUCAAGCUGGCGAAUUGGAUCUCGAUAAUGUGGGAGGUGUUUUCCUAGUAUUGUCUGUAGGUGUUGGCUUGUCCUUCUUUUACACAUUAUUCGAGUUACUCUGGGACGUUAUCGCUACAGCAAAACGUGAAAAAGUGCCCAUUAAGGACGAAUUGAUAGAAGAGGUACGGUUCAUCAUCAAGUGCAGUGGUACGUCUAAACCUGUGAGAAGAAGAAAGGGUUCGUCGAACAGAAGCAGAGAAGACAGUACCAGAGGCUGCACACCUCCAUAUGGUUUUAUACCUAUAAUUAAAACCAGUAACUCCAACGAUAAGUGACAAAUGACAAUGGAAACGAAUGCAAUAGACAAUGCGAGUGUUAAAAGGUUUCCGUUUACGAUCAGAAAAUGUGAUGUGGAUGGGUCGUAAAGACGGAACGUGGCCAAUACUCAUGUAAAUAAAAUUUAUUUAUCGCAAAUUUCAACAACCGACUCGUAUCAAUCCUAACAUGAUCCGACUCUUGUAAAAAUGCUGCAAAUAUUUCAAAUCUAUGUUACACGUCUUCAAUGGAUAUUCAGGGUCAAAUCAAGGUAAAUUGCAGGCAUAUGAAUGACUCGCUGUCCUAAGAAUCGUUUUUCCAUAAUCUUGUAAUCGUUCCAUCUUUCGAAAACACUCACGCGGUUAUACGAAGCGUUUAACGAUUAUUUUAAUGCAAAUAGAUUUCGAUCGUUAUGUUAACCCGCUAAAUUUCCCUUUAGUGCCACUUAAUUGAGUCCCUUAUAUACCAUUCGAGUCGUUUACGCCGUUAAUACACAUUUAAUUAACUACCGAUGUCAGCUGCAAAAAUAGACCAACGUGUGGUUUCAUUGCUGCGUCUACGAUCCGUUAUACUCAUAAAUGAACAUGACUUUUAUACGAUAGUUUAAAUGGUAUCCAAGUAAGACAGGAAUGAAUUUCUCUGGGGCUCGAUUAUCAAUGUAUAAUAAUUAGAAAAAUAUA